AUGGUUGGAUCCGCCUUGGCCGGCGACGAGGCCGAGCUUGGAGAUGAGCGGCUGGCGCAAUGCGACCUUCCCUUCCGAGAAAGAGUGGACUGGCUCGCCUCCUGCAGGAAAGCUUCCGAACACCUGCAACCCAUUCUCACCCGAUGGAAGAUUCCCGUCAGGUUCGACCCGCAGAGUUUGCUGGUGAGGUGGGCUGUGGACCAGGGAGUGGACUUGACAUCGGAGCCGAUGCUAGCGAAGUGUCUGCCGGAGCUCGCAGAGACCAAAGAGCAAGCCAUCGGCCUGACGGCAUGGAAUGAACAAGGGAAGAACCGUUUCCAACUCUUCAAGCGAUGGUACAGUGUACCCGCCAUUGCGGAUAGUUCCCAGAGGUUGACGGAGCUGCAGGGCAUCCUCAAGGAGGCGAAGAAGGCUGAGUUGGAAGAGAAACUCCUCGAAGAAGUGGAGGCCAGACUUCAUGAGGAGGACAAAGAUCAGGACGGGAAUGCUCACGAGGAACUGCGCCCCGAGGAGAUGAUCUACUUGUUGCCGAAAGGUCGACCUGCCCGUGGCCUGCCGACGAAAGUCAGCUUCGAGGGGCGCAUCGUUCCUGGGGCAACGACUUGCUGGAUUUCUUUCCCUGCGAAGUACGCAGCCUGCUGGAAUAUGUUGACAUGCGAGUCGCCAACAGAUUCCGUGGCCUGCAUCUUCCAAGCCGACGAGGACAAUGGUGAUGACAAGCCGGAGCCAGAUCCCGGUGGUGGAGAAGAGGAUAGUGGAAAAGGCUGGCAGAGCAAGUGGCUCGAGAAGGUUCGCGAGGCUGUUGAGAGUGGUCAGCGCUUGAAGGUGGCCCUCCCACCCGGGCGGGUGGAUGCGACGCAAGCGAUGGAACUUGCAAAGGCCCAGGAGAUGGGCUGGAGCUACGAAGAGGUGGACGUCUGCGAUGUGCUGGAAGAGCAGUUUGCGAAGGGCCAUCUGGUCGACGCCUGGUGCGAGGCCACGAGGUCCUGGCGACGAGGAACCGUCGAGAAGCAGGACGUCCUGGACGUCGAGCAGGAGGACGGUUCCGAGGAUGCCGUGGUGCGAUGGACGCUGCGAUGUCAGAUCACCAAGCAGCAGACCUUCGAUUCACUGUGCGUUUGCAGCACUGCUGCGACCAUGCAAGCCAUGCUGGAUCAUGUCAGCGAUGCAAAGCUGCGAGGGAUCCUGAUGGAGUGCCUUCCACACGUUGAUGUACUGGACAUGGGCACCCAUCGGCUUCGCCCAGAUCUUGUGGCCCUGCGAGCAAAGCUGCAAAUCAAGUCCAUCGGAACGCUGCAGAAGCUCAGAAAUCGCGUUCUCGAUGGCGAGCUCGAGCGAGAGAUCAACGUGCGCCUCGCAGAUCCCCGCUGGGAGGUGGAAGUCAGCAAAUCCCAUCUUCUGCAAAUGUACGACUCCAGCCUCAGGGCCCUCGACAAGCUGACGCGUCACCAGAGAGAGCGUCUCAGUGCCAUCAGAGGCUCGGACAUGGUGCACUUGUCGGCUCCGGCCGGUGCAGGCAAGACCUUCGUGGCAGUCGAGCGAGUGGUCGAUGCUUUGACUCCUGCCGCUGAUGAGCCCACUCCUCGCGUCCUCUAUGUCGCCGCUACCGUCGAGCUGAUCUAUUACUUCGUCCAGUGGCUGGCUGUGCGCAUCGAAUCUCAGAAGAAGGAUUUGGAACUUCUUUCUGCGUUGGCUGUCCUUUUCAAGCCGUUCAAGAAGCUCCUCCGGCUUCGUAUGCCCGUGCUGCAAGACGGGCGCAUCGAGUUCGAAGCAGUAAACAUCAACCACGAAAAGAAUGACAAGUUCGAUCUGCUUGUCAUUGACGAGUGUCACAACCUGUACCAAGACAGAGUGGACCGCGGCAUAAUUGACGAUCUGCAUUGCAGCAGAAGACUGCUUCUGUCGGAUAACGCCCAGUCUUCUGCCGUUACAGCCACAUUUCCAGAGAUGGAGAAGGUGCAGUUGACAGAGGUUGUCCGGAGCACAAGGCAGAUCGUCUUAAGUGCGGCAUCGUUCCAGGUCAAUGCCGAAGCUGCCGUGCCCGCCGGCACCGAUGGCCCGCCGGUGAAGUCCUACAUCUUUGAGGCUUCGACGGACGAGGAUGUGCGGAUGAAGCAUUAUGCCCGGCGUGUGAUGGAUGCCAUCGUGCAUGUUGACAACGUGUAUUCGGGGGUGAGCCUGCACAAGAGGCUUGCGCUCUUCGUUCCAAACGAAAAGUUCCUGAGGAAGUUGAAGAAGGUCUUGAGCCCGCUCUUGCGCGACGGACUCCCAGACCGAAAGUUCCGCUUCGUCAAGCACGAGGAGUCUUUGCGCUCACUGCCACUGUGGCUUCGCAGCACCGGCGUACAACGUGUUACUGGGGAGCAGGAGGAGCGACGGCAGGAAGAGAUCAUCCUCGACACCAUCGAUGUGGUUGAUGGGCUGGAGCAUCUCAUCGUAGUCUGCGUUGGGCUGGACGCACCGAUUCAGGGCGAGGCCCGCGAUCUGGUGACACGCGCGGACCUCUACAAGGGCCUCACCAGGGCACAGCUGCUCGCUGUCGUGGUGAACGAGGAGGUCGAGGACGGAUGGUUCUCGUUUCUGAGCAACGUCCGCUACGAAGGCAAGAAGCAGUCUGAAGAGGAGGCCGCGUGGAAGCACCAGUCCCACGCAGCAGCCAAGGUUUGGCAGGCUGCCGCUGCAGAUGCCUUGCAGAAGCCGGCAAAGCAGGAAGCCGCUUCGGAGAAGCCGCGCCAGGAUUUGCCGAUGCACCCUCAGCCAGAGGUCGCACGGAAAACCAAGACAGCCGCCGCCUCCCAUCAGAAAAAGGUGCCGCAGCAGGUGUCCAGCGUUUGGGACACUCGGAGCAACGAGGUCUCGGGUCCUAAGAAGCCGGCCUUCGACCCGCUGAGAGCUGCGAGGGUGCAGGCCGGGGCCGACCGCUUCAGGGAAGACGUGGAGAAGCUGCGGAGCGCUGAUGUUGAAGCCCAGGUGGAUGCGGCAAGGAACCUUGACGGGCUGGCAAUGGGCGGCGGCGACUCCGAGCACAGGGCCUCUAUCGCAGCGGCCGGUGCGAUCCGUCCCCUCGUGGAGCUGCUGAGCUGCAGCACUCGCGAGGUCCGGAAAGUCGCCGCAAGCACGCUUUGGAGUUUGGCGGAGUUUGACGAUGACGACGACAACAAAGUGCUUAUUGCCGAGGCCGGUGGCAUCCCUCCACUGGUGGAGCUGCUGCGCAGCAGCAAUAAGGAGGUCCAGCAGAACGCCGCAAUGGCGCUGUGGAAUUUGGCGGUGAUCGCAGACAACAAGACCCUUAUCGCCGAGGCCAGUGGAAUCCCUCCACUGGUGGAGCUGCUGCGCAGCAGCGAUACGGAGGUCCAGGAAACAGCCGCAGGGGUGCUUGGGAAUUUGGCGUUCGAUGUAGACAACACGGCCAUCAUCGCCCAGGCCGGUGGAAUCCCUCCGCUGGUGGAGCUGCUGAGGGGCAGCAUUCCGGAUCUCCAGGAGAAGGCUGGGGGGUUGCUGCGGUAUCUGUCAGCAAACGCAGACAACAAGGCCCUCAUCGCCGAGGCCGGUGGGAUCCCUCCGCUGGUGAGUUGCCUGACGACAGGCAGUCCAGAUGUCCAGGUUCAUGCUGCAGUAGCUCUUGGCAACUUGGCGCUGGAUUGGAUUUUCGACGAGCCCGACGUUGUCCCCAUGCCGGAGGCCAGCGAAACCGCCGAGGCCAACCGGGCCUUGAUCGCAGCAGCUGGAGCGAUCCCCCCGCUGAUUGCGCUGCUGAUGAACGGCAGGGAGUUUGUGGGGCACGCCGCACAUGCGCUUCGGCCAUUCUCGUCCAGCGAGGACACCCGUGUGGCCAUUGUGGAUGCUGGUGCGAUCCGUGUGCUGGCACAUUCGCUGACCGAUUGCGAACCCGAUUUUCGGCACAGCGUCGUCGGGAUCCUGGACGACGUCGCCGAGAACGCGAAGAACGUGGCGGCCAUCGUCAAAGCCGAGGCGGUCCCCAGCUUGGUGAACGUGAUGGGCCGUGGCAGCAACACGAAAGCCCAGGAGCUGGCCGCGGAACUUCUCCUGUGGUUGUCUGGUCACCCCCAGGGCCUCAGCGAGGCGAAGGCUUCGGGGGCUUUGGGCGUAGCUGCCCAGCUGGAAGUGUCCGGGACGCCGGAUGCGCAGGAGGCCGCGAAGCGGCUGGUGGCGCUGCUGCGGCCGGGGCGCUGA